AUGGCGAAGAAGAAGAAGCUGAUUAGGUUAAUGGAAAAUUUCUCUGAAGACAUAAUCAUGGAAAUCAUGUUACGUUUACCGGUGAAAUCCACCGUAAGUUCAGUUGGGGAAAAGGAAAAGUCGUCGAAGGUUUUACUUUCUUUUGAUAUUGCAGAUGAAAGAUUCCUGGAAAUCUCUCAGCCGGAUGAAAAAUGGGAGAAAUUUGAUUAUAAAUUUGUGGGCGUGGUGGGAGAACGUCUCUGCAUGCUUUGUAGUGUUAGCAAGGUUGGUUUUGAAGUAUGGGUAAUGAACGAUUAUGGAAUAAAAGAGUCUUGGACUAAACUGUUUCAGAUUGAUCAAGUGACAAGACCCCUUAACUACUUGAGGAAUAUAGUAGAUUUAGGAAACGGCGAGAUCCUAUUAGAUGAUGAGAAGAGUAAUAAUUUUAUUUUGUAUGACCCAAACAAAAAACUGUUAGAUUUCAACCGACCCGUCUUCCAGAACAGUACGGAUUUCCAGAGCGUAAAUAGACGUAAUAUUUUUGUGUAUAUGGAGAGCUUGGUUUCAGUUAACUCUGGUACGCAUGUUGGGGAUAAACAAGAAAGAUUAGAUUACUGUGAAGCCAUUAAAGGCCUGCGAUAA